UUGUCCACAUGUGCAAGGCGUGCUUCGUGCACAAAACUUCUCGAGAAAACCAGAUAAUGGCAGACUUGCCUAAACACCGAAUUUCGUUGGUAAGGGCAUUUUCCAGCGUGGCCAUUGAUUGCUGCGGGCCAUUCUUUAUUAGAACAGGCGCCGAGUCCCGUGGACGCACUCAAAGGAUCGACAUAGUUGUCUUUGUAUGCACCUCAACCAAGGCAGUCCACCUGGAAAUUGUAAGCAGUUUGUCAUCAGAAGCAUUCAUGAGCAGCUUCAGACGAUUCACUUCACGUAGAGGAGUUUGCAAAGAAGUGUUCUCAGAUAACGGAAGGAAUUUCCUAGGAGCAUCACGUGAACUUCAACGUCUGUUAGCAGAAGAAGCUCAAACCAUUCAAGACCAAACAAUCAACCAGAACAUUACCUGGCACUUUCAACCGGCUCGUUCUCCGCACUUCAACGGAUUAGUCGAAGCAGCAGUGAAGUCAGCAAAGACUCAUCUCAAGAAAGUUAUUGGCGAGCAACGACUAAAUUAUGAGGAAUUUUAUACAAUUCUCACACAGGUCGAAGCCGUGUUGAAUAGUAGGCCGAUCACCAUUCUGUCGGACGAUCCCAGAGAUCCACAACCAUUGACUCCGGGUCAUUUUUUGCUUUUGGCACCACCGACUCAGCUGCCUGAUGAAAAUCUUGCAUCCGUGAGGAUGAACCACUUGACAAGAUGGCAAUUGUGUCAGCGGAUUGUACAAGAUUUUGUGAGAAAGUGGAGGCUAUCCUACUUGCACACACUUCAAGAGCGCUCAAAAUGGCACACGGAGAAAGAGAACCUGAAGGUGGAUGACAUAGUGAUCUUACACGAUGCUUCCAUAGGAAACACCAAAUGGACAACAGGAAGAGUUGUUGGAGUUCAUACUGGAGCGGACGGGAAGGUAAAGCCAAUUUCACCCCCAUUGUUUUUGGCCCUUCGAAGUCAUCAUCAUCCAAUUGAGAAGGCGUCAUACCAGCUUGUUUCCCGCCAAGCAACCAGUUCAUUCCACCAGAUACCAUCAGUCUCUGCCGCAUCGAGCUUCAAGGUCAGGGGUCACCUAACACGCAUAGAGAAUUAUGUUGAGUCUGUUCGCAAGGAUGAAUCUUCCUUUUCUGCUGCGGACAUAGAAUCCAAUUUAGCUAAAAUUGAUGAUCUCAAAUCUCAGUUAAAUGUGGUGCAUGAGGAGCUAUUAAAUUCGGGACUUGAUGAAGCUAUCGAAAAUGAAGAACACUCAAAGUUAUUGGAUCGUAUUGCUCAAUUACGGCAGUUUCUAGUUGACGCUAUUGAUCGCAAGACCGACACCAAUUCCGAGCAUGAAGACAAUAACCCAUAUUCCAAUCCUGGAUUUUCUGGUAUUUCAAAUAAAUCCUCCAAUAUUCAAUCGUUUCACAGUUCUUUGGAACAAGCUAUUGCUCUUCUCCUUCAACACCAAGCCCAAUCUGAAGUCAGAACCCAGAACAUGUUUGACCGGCUUAUUCAGGCUGUGUCCGUUAAUAACCAACCACAAAAUCGAGAUUUCAAUGCCAAUAAGCCACCCAAACUCCCAACUUUAUCAGUCCCAGAUUUUUUAGGAGAUUACACAGAGUGA